UACUUUAAAAGGUUGGGUUUAUAUUUUUAAUAAGCUACUCAAACACUUUGGGACAGAGAUAAGCUAUAAGCACAUUUGUGAAAGUUUUACCUGCUUGCUGAUUGUGAUUGUACAAAGUGCAGCAUACUUUUACUUUUGCUCUCUCUGCCUCCUCAGAUGUCUUUGAUAAAAAUUGUCCCAAGGUAAGAGAGGUGGCAAAUGGUAGGUGGGGUUGGAAUUUAGAGAAAACUUCAAAGCAACACCGUACCACGCUUGUACCUCUUGCGAGGCUUCCUUUUAAAGAAGUUAUCAAUUAAGAGAGAUUGUCUUCUUUCUGCAGGGAGAAUCUUGCUAGUGACAUGUAUCUUAUAUCGCAGAUGGACAGUAAUCAGUACAUGCCAAUCACCAUGGUUGCUAACCUGGGCCACAUCAAGAAGCUUAGCACCGACAUGGACUUGAUUGUCGAAGUGCUGAGGUCUUUACCUUUAGUCCAAGUGGACGAGAAGGGAGAAAAAGUGAGGCCAUACCAGAACCGCUGCAUAGUCAUCCUGCGCGAGGUAUCUGAGUCCACCCCCGUAGAGGAAGUAGAAGCACUAUUUAAAGGAGACAACUUACCAAAGUUCAUAAACUGUGAAUUUGCCUAUAAUGAUAAUUGGUUUAUUACAUUUGAGACAGAGGCAGACGCACAACAGGCGUACAAAUAUCUGCGAGAAGAAGUCAAAACUUUUCAAGGAAAACCAAUUAAGGUGCGGAUAAAAGCAAAGGCAAUAGCUAUAAACACAUUUUUGCCAAAGAACGGCUUCCGGCCCCUGAACUUGAGCCUCUACACGCAGCAGCGCUACACGGCCUCGUUCUACUUGCCUUCGUUCUACUUGCCUCCGGUCUACAGCGCCCAGCAGCACUUCCCUCUCUACAGCCUGGUCGCCCCCCAGGCCUGGUCAGCCACACACAGCUAUCUCAACCCGCCCCUGGUAACUCCAUUUCCAAAUGCUGGAUUUAUAAAUGGGUUCACGUCUCCCACCUUCAUACCUGCAGCAUUUCCUCUGGCCUCCCUCAGACAGUACCCUCCAGGAAGCAGGAACCCUAGUAAUUCUCAUCCAUGCCAUGCCAUCCCCAGUGCAGAGAGAGGGCCUGGGCUCCUGGAAAGUCCUUGCAUGUUUACCUUCACUGAGGAUCAGCUGAUUAAUGGUGUCCAGAGCCCGCAGAUGAGGCCGGCAGGUCAGCCUCAAGCACGGGCACAGAACCCUCCAGCCUUCGCCAAGAGAGACGCAGGGCCGGGGCGCGUGGAGCCGAGCAGUCUGGAGCCCUCCCCUGGCUUAGGUAGAGGAAGGUGAGUGCUUAGAAAAACUCCCUUUGGCUUCCAGAAGAAGAGCGAGGAGAAGUUCACAAGGAGUCAGACUCAGUCUCCAACACCACCCAGGCCUCCGUCCCCCAGCUUUGAAUUAGGGCUGUCCAGCUUUCCCCCGCUGCCCAGGGCAGCAGGGCAUCUGAAGACAGAGGAUUUGUUUGAGAACAGGCUGUCUGGAUUGCUCACAGGAUCGUCCAAAGAAAGGAGCCUAAACGCAGAUGCCAGCAUGAACACUCUUCCCACGGUAGUCCCCCAAGAGCCCUUGUUGCCGGCCCCCUGUGCCACACCCACCACCAUCGAGCAUGCUCCCUUCCUCCCCCGCCCGCCCAAGGAUCCCAAGGUGGUGGAGAAGCAGAGGGACACCACAAAUGUGUUCAGACUUCCUCCUGUCCUGAGUACAACCGCCAGCAAAUCUGUGCAGGUGAACGGCGCCACCACGGAACUGCGAAAACCCAGCUACGCAGAGAUCUGUCAGAGGACGAGUAGGGAGCCGCCGCCGCCCCCACUGCAGCCCCCAAAAGAGCAGAAGCUAAACACUGUCGGCUGUGGGAAGGAAGAGAGGAAGCUCGCCGAGAGGGAGCCCCCUGCCCCCAAGUCCAGCCCGAAACCACCCAGAGACCAGAGGAGGCCACUGGGGCACCGGCCCUCACCCCCAGCUGCGGGGCAACAUCCGCACAGAGAACAGAGCACCCUCCCCAGGUCCCCUCAGUGAGUACCAAGGUCUGGCGGGCUGCGAGGAGCUGGGGUCGCCACAACGAAGCACUGUCCCUCUCGAGACGGGAGUGAGCUGCUGGUUAGGAGGUUGCAGUGUAGAUAAGGUCCCCGAGGUGCCUGCAAGUUAUUUUUCUUCUAUGAGUCGGAUUUCCCCCCUCUUGAAAAAAAUCUAUUUUUCAGGAUUUAAUUAAUAUAAAUCUUAUUUUAGGUUGGUGCUUAACUGGAGAUGAUGCAUAAGUCUGAUUUUUUUCAGGAUAUAAAAUGCAUUUAUCCUAACAAAUUGAUAUUUUUUAUUAAACCUCCAUGUGACUAUGAAUGCAAGCUAUAUAUAUAGUGAGUUUUUCUAAAUUAAGCAGAACUAUGCUACUUCAUUUUUUAAAAUAACUGGUUAGCAAGUGCAUAUCUCUAAGAUGUCCAGACCGAUGGAUGAGGCUGAGGACAGUGGGACUGAGGCACGGGGCAAUGCUGAGUGUAGCCCGGAGGUGGUAUGGGUCAGAGGGCGCCGCACGCUGGCCUGGAGGUGUCCAUCCAUUCAGAAUCUUGACAAGGGUUCUAGCAUUUUCUUAAGUCUAGCCCGUUUUGAUCGCCUGGGCAGAGUGACCCUGCAGAGCACCCCAAGAGCCCUCCUGUCCUGCCAGCAAGUAACCAGCUUCUCACUCCAGUCUCAAGUGGCUGUUAUGUGAGAUAAACCCAAAGCACAUUGUGAAUGGAACCUACAUGAGAACAUAAACUUUGUUGCCCACUGACACGUUAUCGCAAAAUGAUACCCUGAUGUUGUCUUACUCCCGCGAGCUGGCAGGGAGGGUGUGGAGCCUCCCCAUCCCUCU